UGUUCGUUUUAACACGUUCCGAAAGAAGCGCGUAUUGUCGACAUACAGGUGAAAAAUAUUCCUUGUAACCGAUAUUUAUACAACACGUACGGAAUAACGAUAAAUUUUAAUGAGAUAACCGUAUCGUGAUUAUCGUCCUACGACGCAGGUUACAGAAGAUAUUUGCCAAUUAUUAUUGUUCGAAAUAAUGAAUGGAUAAGUAAAUAAUCAGUGUGAAUUAUUCUCAGACUACGAAGUAUUCUUUAAGAAAUUCGCAACAAUGGCACAAGAAAAAGAUGAGAUACAUCGAAAGAGAUACAGAUGGGGAGAGGGAAGGGGGAACAGUCCUCUGGAUGUAGAUGAUGAUUAUGUUCCCUAUGUACCAGUUAAAGAGCGCAAGAAACAGCGAUUGGCCAAGCUUGGCAAGCUUGGACAACUUAAGGACGAAGCUGCUGCUGGAUUCAUUGGGAAAAGUAGCAGUGAGAAUGAGAGAGACGAUGCAGAUGACGAUGAUGGACAAGUAUGGGGAAGAAAAUCCAAUAUUUCUCUUUUGGAUCAGCACACUGAAUUAAAAAAGCUAGCAGAAGCCAAGAAAGAAAGUGCUAUGGAGAAGCAGUUAAAAGAGGAAGAGAAGAUUUUAGAGAGUGUGGCAGAAAACAAAGCUUUAAUGGGUGUGGCAGAAUUAGCCAAGGGUAUUCAAUACGAAGAUCCAAUAAAAACCAGUUGGAAACCUCCAAGAGCAGUAUUUACUCUUGGUGAAGCAAGGCACGAAAGAGUUAGAAGGAAGCUCAGAAUUCUGGUGGAAGGAGAUGAUGUUCCACCACCUUUGAAAAGUUUUAAAGAGAUGAAAUUCCACAGAGGGAUUUUAAACGGUUUAGAACAGAAGGGCAUUAUUAAACCCACUCCAAUUCAAGUUCAGGGUAUACCCACAGUAUUGUCUGGUCGUGAUAUGAUUGGAAUUGCAUUCACUGGUAGUGGAAAGACAUUGGUAUUUGUUUUACCUCUUAUAAUGUUCUGCUUGGAACAGGAAGUGGCUAUGCCAUUUAUAAGGAAUGAAGGACCAUAUGGUUUAGUUAUCUGUCCAUCACGGGAGUUGGCGAAACAAACAUAUGAUAUUAUUAGGCAUUACACAAGUAGUUUACGUCAAUCAGGCUGUCCUGAAAUUCGCAGCUGCCUAGCUAUUGGUGGUGUGCCUGUAUCAGAAUCGUUAGAAGUAAUUAACAAAGGUGUACACAUCAUGGUAGCAACUCCUGGACGAUUGAUGGACAUGCUAGACAAGAAAAUGGUAAAACUGAGUGUGUGUCGUUACCUAUGCAUGGAUGAAGCCGAUCGUAUGAUCGACAUGGGUUUUGAAGAGGAUGUGCGAACAAUAUUCUCGUUCUUCAGGGGUCAGAGACAAACAUUACUGUUUUCCGCGACUAUGCCAAAAAAGAUUCAAAAUUUUGCUCGGUCCGCCUUGGUAAAGCCUGUGACGAUCAACGUAGGCCGAGCGGGUGCUGCAUCUAUGAACGUGGUGCAAGAAGUUGAAUACGUCAAACAAGAAGCUAAAAUCGUGUACCUUUUGGAGUGUCUACAAAAGACCACACCACCAGUACUUAUAUUUGCUGAGAAGAAACAAGAUGUAGAUGCUAUUCAUGAAUAUUUACUGUUGAAAGGUGUGGAGGCCGUAGCAAUACACGGCGGAAAAGAUCAGGAAGAAAGAUCACGUUCCGUGGAAGCUUUCCGCGAAGGUCGAAAGGAUGUAUUAGUUGCAACCGAUGUUGCAUCUAAAGGUCUUGACUUCGCCGAUGUGCAACACGUGAUAAAUUACGAUAUGCCCGACGACGUGGAAAAUUAUGUACAUAGAAUCGGAAGAACUGGUCGUUCUGGGCGCACCGGUAUAGCGACAACAUUCAUCAACAAAGCAAACGAUGAGUCCGUGUUGCUUGACUUGAAACACUUGCUCAUGGAGGCGAAACAAAAGGUUCCACCGUUCUUGUUGGAGCUUUGUUCCGAGAACGAGAAGUACCUCAACCUUGGAGACGAACGUGGGUGCAGCUAUUGCGGUGGUCUUGGCCACAGAAUCACCGAGUGCCCGAAACUGGAAGCCAUCCAAAACAAACAGGCGUCCAAUAUUGGGCGUCGCGAUUAUUUGGCCAGCAAUGCGGCCGACUAUUAAAUGUUUCAUUUAAAACUAAAACAAUUUGUAUAUAUAUUUCUAAAAUAACGUUAUACAUCUUUUACGGAAUAUUGCAAAUUUGUAAAUAGUUUCGUACCGUUUGUAUCGAUAGUAAGUCAAUAAAAUGUAACGUAAGC